CGUUGACCUUCUUCCGGCGGGGUUGCCGUGGCGACGGGCAGUGAUGGCUGACGGCGGCGCGCAGCACAAGGCCAGUGUCAGCGACAUCUUCAGCAACAUGAGUUACGGGCCGGCCCGAGAGAGCCCCGACACCGUGCAGGCCUGGCUGGAUUCUCACAAGCGGUGCUUUGGUCACCACAUUGGAGGCAAAUGGGUGAAGCCAGACAACAGGCAGUUCUACGAGUCCAAAAACCCAGCCACCGGGGAGACUCUGGCCUCCACCACGCAGGGCCAGGACGCAGAUAUAGAUCUGGCAGUAAAUGCAGCAAAGGAAGCGUUUGAUGUGUGGAGCAAGCUUUCUUGUCAUGUGAGAGCGAGGCACCUGUACAGCAUUGCGAGAAAUAUUCAGAAGCAUCAGAGGCUGUUGAGCGUGUUGGAGAGCUUGGACAAUGGGAAGCCGAUUCGCGAGUCUCGGGACUGCGAUAUCCCGCUGGUGGUGCGACACUUCUAUCACCAUGCCGGCUGGGCCCAGCUGAUGAACGUCGAGAUGAGGCCGUGGAAGCCAAUAGGGGUUGUUGCUGCAAUUGUUCCUUGGAAUUUCCCAUUGAUGUUGCUGGCCUGGAAGAUUUGUCCUGCUCUUGCAAUGGGUAACACCGUGGUGUUGAAGCCGGCCACCUACACGCGGCUCACCGCCCUGCUGUUUGCCGAGAUCUGCACCGAGGCCGGCCUGCCGCCCGGGGUCUUCAACGUGGUGACGGGGAAUGGUGCGUUUGGCAGCAAGCUGGCAAUGCACGAAGAUGUGGACAAGAUCGCUUUCACCGGCUCCACUGAGGUCGGGCGGCUCCUCCGGCGUGCCACCGCUGGCACGGGAAAGAAGCUCUCGCUGGAACUCGGUGGGAAGUCUCCCUUCAUUGUGUUUGACACCGCAGAUCUGGACAGCGUGGUGGAAGGUCUGGCAGAUGCCAUUUGGUUCAACCAAGGCCAGGUGUGCAGCGCGGGCUCCAGGCUCCUGAUGCAGGAAUCGAUCGCUGAGCAACUCACGACUCGCCUGAAGCAGCGCAUGCAAUGCCUGCGGGUGGGUGACAGCCUGGAUAAGGGCGUUGACAUGGGCGCACUGGUGGACGAGUCCCAGAUGAAGACAAUCACAGAGUUUGUCGAGGAGGCAAAGAGCGACGGAGCCGAGGUGUUUCAGUUGACUGAAGGGCUGCCACAAAAAGGCCUCUUCUACCCACCCACCCUCAUCACCAACGUGAACACCGCAUCCCGCGUGGUUCGUGAAGAGAUAUUUGGGCCGGUUUUGGUAGCCAUGACUUUCCGUACUGCGAAGGAGGCCAUUGCCCUGGCAAACAACUCUCCAUAUGGACUUGCUGGCAGCGUAUGGACUGAGAACCUGCCGCUGGCACUGGAGGUGGCCAUGAGUUUGAAGGCUGGGUCAGUCUGGGUGAAUGGACACAACAUCUUUGACGCUGCGGCUGGAUUUGGUGGCUACAAAGAGAGUGGCUUCGGACGAGACGGCGGUAAAGAGGGCUUGUACGAGUACGUGAGACCCUCCUGGGAGGAGCGGCCCAGACCGAAGCCGGUGGAGGUCAAAUACAAGACGUUUGCGGCUCUGCACGGAGUGGAUCUUCCACCCAUCCCAGGACAAGUUGCACAGCCGUCGGACCCGUCGGAGCCCGACGCUCGCCCAAGUGUUGACCGGACCUACAAGGUUUACUACGGGGGCGCCCAGAAGAGGCCCUACAGCAUGUACUCGCGGCCCAUUUUCGACCACGACGGCCAGUACGUGGCCUACGUCGGCGACUGCAACAGGAAGGACGUCCGGAAUGCGGUGGAGGCAGCCCAUGCCGCAGCUCCAGGCUGGGGCAAGCGAGCGGCCCACAACCGGGCUCAGAUCAUCUACUACGUGGCGGAGAACCUGGAGCAACGGCGGGACGAGAUGUCGCACAGUCUGAGUAGACUGACGGGCAUGACCGUGGAGGAGGCCGGGGCCGAAGUGGAAGCCUGCAUCGAGCGGCUGUUCUACUGGGCCGCCUACAGUGACAAGUAUGGGGGCACUGUCCAGGAAACUCAGCUCUACGGUGCCACCAUCAUGGUUCGGGAGCCCAUCGGUGUGAUAGCCAUUGCAUGCCCCGAUGAGAACCCUCUGCUCAACUUUGUGAGUCUCUUUGCACCGGCAGUCGUUCGAGGGAAUGUGGUCGUUAUUGUUCCCAGCGAGCUGUAUCCUCUGCCAGCCUUGGAACUCUACCAGGUCUUUGAAACUUCAGAUCUCCCUGCCGGUGUGGUGAAUAUUCUGACUGGAUCACGGGAUCAUCUGAGCAAAACGCUGGUUGAGCACCAGGAUGUCCAAGCCAUGUGGUACUUUGGCUCUGCAAAGGGGUCGAAGUUUGUCGAGUGGUCGUCGGCUGAGAAUCUGAAGCGGACCUGGGUGAAUUACGGUGUCCCGCGACUCUGGUGUCACACCCGCCAGGGAUCCGGGGAGGAGUUCCUCUAUCACGCAACACAGUGCAAGAACGUCUGGAUCCCAAUGGGGGAAAUCUUUGCCAACUAGACCCAGUGUCGUCCAGACAACCCAACCUGUCCAGGCGUAACCAUCCGUUCCUAUGCGGC